CUACGAAAAUUAAAGACCACCCGAAUAAGCGCAUUCCUGCGAAUUGCCCACUUUUGACCCCUGACCCGGAAGAGGAAAAAAUUAGAAAUCGGGUUUUAACGUUUAACAGAGUUCGAAUUGCACGACCACUCCAAUACAGAAAAGGAAAGGACCCUCACUAGCAGUUAGCAAAAACCAUACUCCAAAUCCCCCAAAUUUGCAACGAACAAUCCAAAAUAUGAUAACUAGUGGAAUUGAAGACGAAGAGAAAUGGCUUGCCGCUGGGAUCGCCGGCCUUCAGCAGAACGCAUUUUACAUGCAUCGCGCUCUUGAUUCGAACAAUAUGAAAGAUGCAUUGAAAUACUCAGCUCAGAUGCUUUCUGAGCUCCGAACUUCCAAGCUUUCUCCUCACAAAUAUUACGAGCUAUAUAUGCGAGCAUUUGAUGAAUUGAGGAAGUUAGAGAUGUUUUUUAGGGAGGAGACAAAGCGUGGCUGCUCUAUUGUUGAGUUGUAUGAGCUCGUGCAGCACGCUGGCAAUAUUUUGCCCAGAUUGUAUCUCCUUUGUACAGUGGGGUCAGUAUACAUUAAAUCAAAGGAGGCUCCUUCCAAGGAUAUUCUCAAAGAUCUGGUGGAAAUGUGUCGUAGCAUACAACAUCCAUUACGUGGGCUCUUCCUAAGGAGUUACCUUUCCCAAGUCAGCAGGGAUAAAUUGCCUGAUAUAGGAUCUGAAUAUGAAGGGGAUGCUGACACUGUCAUGGAUGCGGUAGAAUUUGUGCUCCAAAAUUUCACAGAAAUGAACAAACUUUGGGUGCGAAUGCAGCAUCAGGGACUUGCACGGGAAAAAGAAAAACGUGAAAAAGAAAGAAGCGAGCUUCGCGAUCUUGUGGGGAAGAACCUGCAUGUUCUAAGUCAAAUUGAGGGCAUUGAUCUUGAUUUGUACAAAGAUAUGGUGCUUCCAAGAGUUUUAGAGCAGGUUGUCAACUGUAAAGAUGAUAUUGCGCAGGGAUAUUUGAUGGAUUGCAUCAUACAGGUUUUCCCUGAUGAGUACCACUUACAAACUCUUGAAACAUUACUAGGUGCUUGCCCCCAAUUUCAGCCAUCUGUUGAUAUCAAGACGGUGCUUGCUCGUCUAAUGGAAAGGCUUUCAAACUAUGCUGCUUUAAGUGCAGAAGUCUUACCUGAGUUUUUCCAGGUUGAAGCUUUCGCGAAACUAAAUAAUGCUAUAGGCAAGGUGAUAGAGGCUCAAGAAGACAUGCCUAUUGCCGGAGCAGUGACUUUGUAUUCAUCCCUUUUGACAUUUACUCUUCAAGUCCACCCUGAUCGCCUUGAUUAUGUAGAUCAGAUUCUGGGUGCAUGCAUUCAGAAACUUUCUGGAAAAGGAAAGCUCAAAGAUAACAAAGCAACAAAACAGAUUGUGUCCCUACUAAGUGCCCCUCUGGAGAAGUAUAAGGAUAUAGAUACUGCGCUAAAGCUGUCAAAUUAUCCUCGUCUUAUGGAGUAUCUUGAUGAUGCAACUAGUAAAGAGAUGGCUAAUGUUUUGGUUCAAAAUAUUCUGAAAAAUAAGACUUGCAUUUCAACUGCUGAAAAGGUUGAGGCACUUUUUGAGCUAAUGAAAGCGCUGAUUAGAGAUUUGGAUGAGGAUGUUAAUGAUGAGCUUGAUGAAGAUGAUUUCGCAGAAGAGCAGAAUUCUGUUGCGCAGCUUAUUCAGAUGCUUCACAAUGACGAUCCCGAAGAGAUGCUGAAGAUGAUUUGUGCUGUGAAGAAACACAUUUUGACAGGAGGGCCAAAGAGACUUCCCUUUACCAUCCCUCCCCUUAUUUUCAACUCACUUAAGUUUGUUCGGCGACUACAUAGUCAUGAUGAAAAUGCUCCUGAGGAAGAGGCAUCUGCUAUGCCUAAGAAUUUUUUUCAGAUUCUGAAUCAGAUUAUUGAGGCUCUCUCAAUUGUUCCAGUACCCGAACUAGCAUUGAAGUUGUACUUGGAGUGUGCUGAGGCUGCCAAUGACUCUGACCUAGAACCGGUGGCCUAUGAAUUUUUCACUCAAGCCUAUAUACUAUAUGAAGAAGAAAUCUCGGACUCUAAAGCACAGGUGACUGCAAUACACUUGAUAAUAGGGACUCUUCAGAGAAUGCACAUCUUUGGAGUUGAGAACAGAGACACGUUAACGCACAAGGCCACGGGGUACUCUGCAAAGCUCCUGAAGAAACCUGAUCAAUGUAGAGCUGUGUACGCUUGUUCACAUCUUUUCUGGGUUGAUGAUCAGGACAAUAUCAAGGAUGGAGAAAGGGUUUUGCUUUGCUUAAAGCGGGCCUUAAGAAUUGCAAAUGCUGCUCAACAAAUGUCCAAUGCAACCCGAGGCAGCAGUGGAUCGGUCUUGCUCUUUAUAGAAAUUCUAAACAAGUAUCUAUAUUUCUUUGAGAAAGAGGUCUCACAGAUUAAUGUUGCCUCCGUCCAGAGCCUGAUCGAACUAAUCACAACUGAAAUGCAAAGCGAAAAUGCAACAGCAGAUCCUGCAGCAGAUGCAUUUUUUGCAAGCACCCUGCGACAUAUCCAGUUCCAGAAGGAUAAAGGUGGGGCAGUUGGCGAGAAAUACGAGCCCAUCAGGCAUCAAGUCAUAAUCAAAUAGAGCAUUCUCCCGCGUAAAUUGCAUUCUUGGGUGUGACAGAAGCAGAACAUUUUUCUUACAGCUACAAAAUUGAUUCCUUUUCACUCGCUCUAGAGAAAAAUGCAUUUGACACCGCGCUAGCAGAAGCAGCUGCAAAGAUAAGUAUAUUCUGACCACCACUGUGCUGUAUAUCCUAAUAAAGAUUGUGAUUGUUGUAACAAUUUUCUCUCCAGCUAUGACUUCGAGUGCCUACCACUGGCAUUAUUUUUUUUUUAUUUUUUUAUUUUUGGUUGGGGGCGGUGGGGAUAGAUUUUCUUUUGAGGCGGAGAGGAGUGGGGAGGUAGUUCAUGAAUAUCUAGUUCAAAAUGUGAUUAUGAUAAGUACCAGAAUAAUUUAUCCUUUAGUUUUGUAUAACACGCUCUAUCCCAUUUGAACUUUGAGCAUUUCAUAGAUUACCAAUGGUAAUUGGAGCAAUCUUUUGGUGGUAUCACAA